AGAAUUAAACUAGAUUUAAAACACAGAAAAAUCAUAAAAAAUGGGAGCAUUGUGUCCCGAGACAAAGAAGAAAUAAUAACGCUCAGGGCGAGGUCGACUGAACAAAAUCGCCAAAUCGGAAAACUGCCGGUAGAGAGACGCCGCCGUACGCCGAGCCACCAGCCUCCAGCCUCCAGGUUCGGCUCAGGCCCAUAAAUUCUCAUGACCGGUCCUGUGUGAGGCCAAGGUUAGACUUCGACAAACACAGUUGUUGUUCUACCCGUGUCAAUGGCAGAUCCUAGGGUUUUCGGCAGCCAAAAACCCAAUCAAGCCGGUAUCAUUUCCAAAAUCCGACUAGAGAAUUUCAUGUGCCACAACAAUCUCGAAGUCGACUUCGGGGAUAGCAUCAACUUUAUCACUGGCCAGAAUGGCAGCGGUAAAAGUGCAAUACUGACAGCUUUAUGCUUGGCAUUUGGGAGCCGUGCAAGAGGAACUCAAAGGGCAAACACAAUGAAGGACUUCAUUAAGACAGGAUGCAGUUAUGCGCUUAUACACGUUGAGAUAAAGAACCACGGGGAGGAUUCAUUCAAGCCUGAAACUUAUGGCAGGGCCAUAAUAGUCGAGCGGAGGAUAUCAGAAUCUGCUAGUUCUAUCAUUUUAAAGAAUCACCAAGGUAAAAAGGUGGCAUCUCGAAGAGAGGAUCUCUUUGAAUUAGUGGAACACUUUAAUAUUGAUGUUGAAAAUCCAUGUGUGAUAAUGAGUCAAGACAAAAGCAGGGAAUUUUUGCACUCAGGAAACGACCGUGACAAGUUCAAGUUCUUUUUCAAGGCUACUCUUCUUCAACAAGUCCUCCUAGAAAACUUCCCAUAACUCUGGGUGUAUCCGUUACGUCUGUCAGAUUAACUACUCGACCUCUUCAAUUAAUCGGGUUAAGAGUCUCUUGAAGUCCUUGAUGUCCGGUUCUAUUUUUCGUACCUCGUGUAUCUUCUCUAUAGUGAAGUCCAUC